CGGAGUUCAGUAAAUAUUGAUGAUGUCAUGCGUUGAAGAUGGCUGAAGGGGAAGGAGGUUGGUGGGGAGGUUGGCUACAACAAAGCUUCCAAGCCGUCAAAGAAAAGUCUGCAGAAGCGUACGACUUUAUUAAGCGCGACCUUGCAGAGUUCAGCAACGUAGUGCAACAUGACACAGCUUGCUCCAUCGUGGCCACCGCCAGCGCCGUUAGGAGCAAAUUGGCGGUGGAAGGGUCGUCUGAGACCACCGAAAAGGUCAAGAGGAGCCUGUCUAACUUCCUGGGGGUGAUCACAGAUACGCUCGCCCCUCCUCCAGACAAAACUAUCGACUGUGAUGUCAUCACGCUGAUGGCAACCCCCGCUGGCACCACAGAAGUUUACGACAGUACCAAGGCUCGCCUGUACAGUCUGCAGGCCGACCCAGCGACUUACUGCAACGAGCCUGACGGUCCCCCCGAGCAGUUUGAAGCCUGGCUUCAAGGAUUUAGUCUGGAGGAGAAGAAAGGAGAGAUCUCCGAACUCCUUGUCAGCAGUCCCUCCAUCCGGGCGCUCUACACGAAAAUGGUCCCAGCAGCGGUAGCCCACUCAGAAUUCUGGCAGCGUUACUUCUACAAAGUUUUCCAAUUGGACCAGGAAGAGGCACGAAGAGUGGCGCUGAAACAGAGAGCUGAGCAGGUCACGCACUCAGAGGCCUUGGGCUGGGAGGAAGAGGAAGAGGAGGAUGAGUUCCUCGGUACCACCGCCUCCUCUCGUCUGGACUUCACGCCUCCCCUGGAAGAGCCCCGUACCCCGCCUGCGGACAGCGACCUUGCUCUCUCCUCACCCACGACGAACCUCCCCGAAACUGUGGUGACACCCUCGCUCAGCUGUGAGAGUGUAAGUCUGCCCACCCAAGUAGAGAAGACGCCCGAGCCCGGCCGUGUCGGCGGAGUCGUCGAGGAGCUCUCCCAGAAAAUCACAGAGGCCAGCCUGGAGGAGGCGGGGGCGGAGGCGGGGCGCAGCCUCCAGCAGCUGGGGGUCCCGUCUGUGGAGGAGCGGGCGGUGGAGGCGGAGCGGGCCGUGAAGUCAGUGGAGGCUCGCGGGACAGGGGCAGGGGAUGAGCUCACAGCGGCCAAGGCCACUGCCAGGACAGAGACUGUGCGGGAGGAGGGGCCACAGGACCUGAGGGUGUUUGAGCUGAACUCUGAUAGCGGCAAGUCCACGCCUUCCAACAACGGCAAGAAAGGAUCUAGUACAGAUAUCAGCGAGGACUGGGAAAAAGACUUUGACUUAGACAUGACCGAAGAGGAGGUCCAGCUUGCGCUUUCCAAAGUUAAUGCCACGGGAGAGCUGGAAGAAGAAGACUGGGAGGACUGGGAAUGAACAGAAGAGCUGUGUGUGUUUUUUCUUUUGUUUUCUCAUCCGAGUUCCUCCAUGGCAAACCAUGUUCUUGGCGUGUGUAAGUCCUGGUCCAUGCCCUCACCGCGUCUCCCGUACCUAAACAUCUCAGAGGAGUGUCAGAUGGCUUUGGAUAUCUCCAGUCCACUGCUGGGAGGAUGCGAAACUCAAGGCAAUAAGUUAGAUUGCUACUGUACAGUGAGGAAAAAGAGACUAAAAAACUCUCAUCUGAUAUUUCUGUUUUAGGGGGUAAUAUUUCUGUUUUCCUGGUUAUGGGAACAGUUUCCAGCUUUGAGUAUAUUGACACUAGUUUAGGAUGGCUGCUCUUAUUUCUGACUAAUGCUUUCAAAGGGGAAAGAAAAAGCCAGAAUGAAUUAGUUGAUGUAUAAAUUACUCCUCAUGUAAGGAGAAUACACAUCUCUCCCCUCAUCUUCUGAUAUGCCAUUAAAUGUAUGUAAAUCACAGCAGUUCUACUUUUUAAAGUUAGAUUAAAAAUAAAUUUACUUUCAGGCUGUGGAGAUGCCAUAAACUGUUUGUAAAGCUGCUUAUUAUCUUUGGGAAGAUUCAGUUCUGUAUUGGAAUAUUUUUAGAACAUUGGUAUUUCAGAUAAACUUCUGCUUGCUUUGUAUCGAUAUUGGCUUACUAACACUUCUGUCUUAUGCAAGAUAAAAUAUCAUUUAAAAUAAAAUUUUGUUUUGCCUGUAUGGGGGGAAAAAAAAGAAUCAAUUAUCUGUAAGUGUGGGCUGCAGAAACCAGUCACAUGAAACAUGGAGGCUUAGACAGACAUGUUGGGAAGAAUAGAUGCUGGACAGGCUUGGCACCUGGCUGCAUGUUCCUGUCCUCACUGCAGAAGAACCUGAAGAAUGAACAGCAGACUGAUCCCUGAUUCCGAUUGCUCUUUUACCUUUGGCCUCUGGGCCCCAAACACCAGAGCGUGGGGAUUGCUGGAAAGUGUGAUUCUGACAACAGCAAGGAUUAUUUCGUUUUACUUUCUGAGGAAACUUGUCCCAGUUAUCUCCUUGGAUUCUCUCUGUUUUUCUUUUUCUUUUCAUUUUUUUUUUCAAUUUGACGCAUGUGUUCAGUCAAAAGAGAUGAAUUUGAGAUGCAAUAAUAAGCUACAGAUAUGUCAGUCACCUUGUCAUGAGAUAACAUAAAGCUACCUGGGCUGUCUGUCUGAGCUCUUUCUGUCUUCUGUUAUGUCGAUCAAAAAUAUCAAACCAGUCACACUCACCACCAGGUAACGGAGUGGGAUUUCCAUCGCUAGCUGUGAUUUUGGCUUUGUGUUAGGGAUGGUCUGCUUGCUUUCCCCCUCAGCUUAUUGUACGUGGCAUGUGGCCUUCUUGUUAGAUAAAUCUUUCUUAACAUUUGGAGAGAUUAAUUUUCAGUGCUUGAAGACAUGGGCUUUUAGAUCUCUGAAAGGGCGGCUUUACUUCACCUGAGUAUCACAGCUGGUUGCUGCGUUGUGUGGCAUGUUGUGGCUUGAGUGUGGCGUGUGCUUGGUGGUUGAUUAGUCCAGUUAAAUGACAGAUGUGUGUUUGUGAUGUAAACGCUUUUUUAAAUUAGGUCUAGUUCUUCGUUUCUGUUUAGGUUUAUACAAGACAGUGAUUUAACAAAAUACGGGACUUUGUUUGACCAUGAGGUUAGUUUGGCCAAGCUUGCAAUUAUUCAAAACAAAUAAAUAAAGAAAUUACUUUUUGUACUGACCAACUGCGGAGCAAGUUGUUAGUAUUCUGAUGCAUCCAUGUGUCAUGUUUUCCUGGGCACUGAAAUGUUAUCAAGGCAGUAGAGAAUGGUACAAAAUCAAAAUCUGAUUGCAUAUUUUGUGAAUGUGUAUUUGCAGUUUGAAGGCAAUUUAAUUUAAGGCUGUUAUUUUGUUAAAAUUUCAAAUUACCCUUACAGUUAAAUGGAA